AUGUCUCUCGAAAACCCUCUGACAAUCCUCUACAAGGAGGUCGACGGUAGCAAGAUCACCACCGACUUGUACCUCCCGUCUAACACCUCGGCUUCUCCGCAGAAGUAUCCUGUUGUUAUCAACAUCCAUGGCGGCGCCUUCAUGCUCGGCCACUCGCGCAUGGUCUCCCUGCCGCAGGUCAACGACUGCCUUGAGCGCGGCUGGAUUGUGCUCGUUCCCAAUCACCGAUUGUGUCCCGGCGUGAACAUGCUCGAGGGCCCUAUGCAGGAUAUUAGGGAUCUGCUGACGUGGGUGUAUCAUGGACACCUGGACGCUGUUCUUAAGGAGCAGGGGGCAUACCGCGCGGAUUUGGAGAAUGUCGCUGCUUUCGGGACAUCUUCGGGAGGACACCUCGCACUGGGAUUGGGUUUCGAUGUCCCCAAGCCUGCCAAGGCCAUCCUGUCCCUCUACGGUACCGUACACUUCACGGACCCCCUCUGGACUAAGCCCCUUCCACACGUCGCAGCGAAGCUGCCCCCAAACCUGUCCGAAGCCUUCCUCAAUAAGGUAUACGAUCAGAAGCCCGUCCCGACCGAUAGCUCAGUCUCUUUGGAAGGCCAGACCGAAUCCGGUGUCUCCAAGGGCCCCGAUUUCUCCAAGCCCCGCGACGCCUUCGCAUUCACGCAGAUCGCCUCCGGAACUGUCCUUUCCGCCAUCUACCCAGAGUCACAAAGCAGUGAUCCGGAGUUCAAGAAAGUCGAUCCCGUACAGAAUGUUUCAUCUAGCUUUCCACCGACAUAUAUCGUCCAUGGACAGGCUGAUACGAUGGUACCGAUUGAGUUGAGUCGCGAAUUGUUGAAGAGGCUACAGGGUGCUGGAGUGAAGUGCGGGAUGACGGAGGUUCCUAACGAGGAACAUACCUUUGCGGCGAUGAUGAAGGUUGGAUCGGAAACUUGGUGGUUGCAGAGGCAGGGCUUUGACUUUUUGAGGGGGAUCAUUGGGAAGGGGCCGCAAUGA